CCUGACUGGGUCGGCCACCACGGGUGGGGAUGGCCAGCGUGACGCCAGCCCGGGGUGGUGCCCAGCACCCCUGGCAACCGGCUGCAGCUUGUCCCAAACAUCCAGCGAACGAUGGGCAUGCACGAACAGCUCACCUUCUUCCUCCUCCUCCUCAGCCUCUAUGCCCCAGGGACUUUCAUCAAAGCAACAGCCCUGCCUGACUUGCCACGUGUGGUGACCCUGAGUGAGGACACAGUGCCAGGCACCCGCGUGGCCGAGGUGACCGUGUCCUGCAGCAACAUGAGUGGCAGCCCCAAUGUCACCCUGGACAGCAUGGAGCCUGACCACCCCUUCAACCCCAUUGCCAUCAGUGCCAACCCCACAUCUGCCACCAUGUUCCAGGCAGAGGUGACGCUGCGUGCUGGUGCGGAGCUCGAUGCCCGCCAGGUGAAUCAGUACACCCUGACCCUCCGGGCCACUUGUCCCGGAGAGGAUGAGGUGGAAGAGCGGCUCUUUGUCCAGGUGACAUCAGGACAGGUGCUGCGCUGUGACACCCCCUUCACCAGUGCCGGGGGUGAUGUGGUGCAGGUACUGGCGGAUGUGGCGCCCCGGACACCCCUGUAUGCGGUGCUGCCGCAGCCACUCGGUGGGCUGACGUUCAGGCUCCGAAACCAAGACACACCUCUCACGCUCACCCGCCGGGGCCUGGUGCUGGCGCCUGACAAUGGUUUUGACCCCAGCAAGGACACCCAGAUGUUCAAGUUGGAGAUUGAGGUGAUGGACCGCCACGGGCACAACUGCAGCGGGGCUGUGACGGUGGAGGUGCUGCCAUCGCGCCGUCCCCGUGUCACCUUUCCCGAGCCACACCGGUCUGUGACGGUGACAGAGGGCAUUGGCCCCUGGAAGGUGGUCACACAGGUCCAUGCCAGUGGUGAGAAUGUCCGCUAUGCCAUCCUUGCUCCCGUGGCACCCACGCUCUUCACCAUUGAUGAGGUGACAGGUGAGAUCCGCAGCACCCGCAGGCUGGAGGUGGCCCGUGCCCACCUCCUCAUCCAGGCUUACAAUGCUCUGCACCCCGCUGACCACGACACUGCCAUGGUCAACAUCACCGUGCAGGGGACAGACCGCUGGGCACCAAGAUGUGUUCCAGCCAUCUUCGUGUCCCAGGUGCCCGAGACAGUGUCCCCUGGCAGCACCCUGGUGACACUGAGGUGCACCGACUCUGCUGGCAAUGAUGAGUGUCUGCAUUAUGCCCUCGAGGGGUCCCCCGCUUCCCGCUCCCAUUUCUGCAUGGAGGGGCCACGGCUGAAGGUCAACACCACCCUGGACUAUGACUCAGAGGCUGUGGCCACUAUGGGCUUUCAGUUCACAGCCACCAUCGUGGUGACAGCAGGAGAGCAGCUCCCACGGAGCACCCGUGUGCCUGUGCUUGUGACGGUGACACCCGUGAAUGAAUUCAGACCGGCAUGCCCCAACAGUGCCACCUUCACCGUGCCAGAGACAGCAGCUUUUGGCAGUGUUGUGGGGCGUGUGGCUGGCACUGACCGCGACUACCCACCGGACAGCCUUGAGUACAGCCUGGAGGGGGAAUCCGGCCCGGCGCAGCCCUUCUCCAUUGACAGCCGCACUGGUGAGAUCCGCGUGGUGGGACCCCUGGACUCCCAGCAGCAGAAGAGCUACAGGCUGGUGGUGCGGCUGACAGACACCCGCAACGACCUGGACCCGGCGAAGCGGCUCAGCCGCCUGUGCGAUGUGUCCGUGCGCCUGCAGGCCGUGCCAGACCAGGUGCCAGUGUGCACCCCCGAGGUGCAGGAGCUGCGGAUCACGGCUGGGUCUCCAGGCAGCCGGCAGCCUGUCACCCGCCUGGUGUGCCACGGCAGCCCCAACGGUGACACGCUGACAUACGCCAUUGUUGGAGGCAACGAGGAUGGGCGCUUUCGGCUGGAGGGGAACACCGUCGUCUACCUCCCCAAUGACCAAGUCGAGCCCCGCACCUUUGUACUACUGGUGGAGGUUUGGGGUGGCUCUGGUGCCCGCCGCCGCAGCACCAUGGUGGCACUGGUGAUGCACGUCACCCCCUGGAGCACUCCAGUGCCACCCAGCACCACCACCCAGCACACGACACUGCAGAAGGAGCCGCUGGUUGUCACGCGGACGGAGGUGGUGUGGCACCCACCAGCCUGGUUCGUGGCCGUGCUGACCAUCUCUGGCACUCUGCUGCUGGCCACCCUGGGCUGCACGGCCCGGAGCCUGCUGUGCAGGAGCCGGGGCCCUGGCAAACCGUUCCUGGGCAAGAGCUCCUGGGAUGUGGUGGAGAAGAGCGGGGGCAAGGAGGAACAGGGACACCCACAUGCCAACAGCCAGGGGCAGUUUGAUGGCCGUGCUCAGGACCCACGCACCGGCAGGGACUAUCUCUUCAACAGCGUGACUGGGGCACGGCGCUGGAUCUGAGGGGCUUGUCUGGAUGAGAGGCUCCCUGCAACCCACAUCACCAUGUGGGCCGUGCCAAGCACAGCACUGGGCGCUGGCAGACACCUGGUGGGGCCCUCAAGGAGGAGACCCAUCCUUUGUGGCUGAACCGACUCUCCAUGGGGUGCAGCCAGACCCUGAGCCACCUCAGACAGUGCAGACCUAAUAAAUGAUGUCAGAGAUUGCA